CAAUCGACGGUGGCUGGGCCAUACCCGUAUUUGACGUGCCCGAAACUCCUCCACUGGACAACAAGAAGAAUGCUAUCACACAACCUCAGCCUGUUAUGAUGGAGGCUCGACUAGAUUUGGGCCCCGCUACAAGGUCUUGGCACGAACCGAGAUGGGAUGAGGCAUUGCCGUUAUCUAUGACUGUUGCGCCUCCAGCAAAGACGCACAAUCACAACCUGAUCCUGCAGCUCUUCAGCACCCCGGCCUUUUUCACGUCUGGCUUCAAAGAACGGUUAAAGACGAUACAAUGGCUCCGGUCCAACCAGCCUAAUCGGCAGACAGAAGAAAAGCACGGUGCCACCUCUCAUUCGCGCACGAACCGGCCUAGCCGUCCUUCUUCGGUACCGCAAGAGACCGUGGAAAUCGUGCAGGCAGAAGUCGCAUUUGUGAUUGCAAUGCCAAUGCCCCCGCCACCAGUUCGCUUCUCAAGCGCAACAAUGCAUGAACCGCUGCUAGAAGUGGCCGGACAAGAACUCUGCCUUGGCUCCAUUUCGUCCGCAUGGCAGCGUCCGCUAGAUAACGCUGCCGCAGCCGUCGCAGCGAACCAAUCCCGACUAUCAUGGCAGACAGAAGACGUUGAAGACUUUGCUUCCACGAUUCGAACCUGGCCUGCGGGUCCUGCACGGUCUAUCGUGUCCUCGCGACACCUCUACGUGGGCGACUAUGGAGAUGAAGCGUCUUCUUAUGCGAUGCGACCUUCUGGUUCGUUCGUAUACAGCGGGUCCGGAUACGACACGCAAGCCUCGCAACCCGCGCCUUCGCAACAGCAGCACGACCAACGCUCGGCUGCUCAAGCAAAUUCUCUACUCUCUCCACCUUCUAGGGCCUACACGCCAUCACAACGUAGCAUGGACCUACCCUCUGUUCCUGCCUAUAUGAUUCCACACAUUCAAGUCACAGAACCGAGAGACGUGGAAAUCGCCUCCACUCCUACCGACUUACCACUCACCCAAGACGGUCACAGUAUCAUUUCCAUCAGCUCUUAUGGACAG